GCGCAGCGCGCGCAGCGGCGCUCCGAGCAGAUCUGCGACGGGCUGUCGGAGACCUGCAGCCCGAGCUGCUGCGACUGGGUCGGCAGGGUGCCGAGCAUCUACUGCCAGAAGCUGGCGCUGCACCCGUGGGCCUUUGCCCUCUUCUACGCGCUGGUGCUCGUCAUCGCGGUGAGCGUGCUGUGGCGCGAGGUCGAGGUGAACACCCAGAUCGACAGCUUCUACAAG